AUGAAGACCAACGUCUUCCUUACCCUCCUGUUCGGGGUCCUGGCCUUCGUCGUCGGCAUCAAAGCCUCCGACGAGCAGGCCACUUCCUCCAGGAACUCACACGGCACUUCACAUGGCUCUUCAAUGGAGACUGGAGAUUUCCCUGCUCCCACGGCAUUCCACAUGGCUCUCCCAUCGAGACUGGACUCCCGCAUCCUCGACCUACCAAUCACUCCACCACUAGCACUGGUGUAUCAUGGGAGGCUUCUCAAGCUUCUGACCCAAACAUCCCUCCGUGGACCGCUCCUGCUCCUGAGCCGUUCAGCGCUCCCUUCACCACCCACACUCCUGGCUCGGUCAUUCCUACUUUCACCACCCACACCCGGACCCAGACGCGUCCUCAUGGCUCUCACAACACCACUCAUACCAGUCAUACCAGCACCUUCAGCAAGCCCGUCUUUCCCCCUAUGCUGCGCGAGGAGGCGAAGAAAGUGCGGUGCUGACGAUAAGCUUAUGAGUAUGACGUCCCGUUGCGAAGGCCACAAAUUCUAUGCUUGCUGCCCCAAAGGUUAUCAAGAUCUCUUCGACGAGGACUGUGUCGGCUUGCCCUCUUGCAAGCAGAAGGGCAAGUCUUCCGACAAGGACUGGCGCAAGUGGAAGGGCGUUACUCCCAACGGCUGUGUCAACUGUGCGGACGGUUAUUCUGCAACUCCAUUCUUCUAUGGCGGCUGCAUGGCUGAUCCUCUGCCGGACGACUUCAAGGACGGGAAGUGCACCGGUCCGACGGGCAAUAAGUGCUGA